CAGAGCUGUAAGAGUCAGGGCGAAGGUAUGCCGGGCACGACGUCAGCCCUGCCGCUCCUCACGGGUGAGUAACAAGAAUGAGCUGGAACGGGCUGGAAAGAGCUGAGCUCUUCUCCCGAGGGUGACGUAAUGUACAGGGCAGGGACACGCCUCCAGCGGACGGGUAUAAAACCCUCCGACGGCAGCGGCGGGACAGAGCGCUUCCAGCCCACUGGAAACGGGACAGCAGCAGCAGCAGCAGCAGCAAUAACAACAACAGCAGCAGCAAUAACAACAACAGCAGCAGCGAUGCUUUGCCGGAUGCACCUCGCACCAUUCGCCUCCAGCUCCCUGGCCAGCCGGCUGGGCACAGUGAGGACCCUCUGGCCGCACGCAGAGACCAUCUUCACCGAGCUGCAGCAGGAGAUGGAGAAGGCUCGGGAGUUCAUGAGCAGCUUCGAGCAGCUCCUGAGCAACCACGGAGCCAUCGCCGCGGAGACAACCCCGAGCAGCAGCAUGACCCUGACCCAGGGCUCCGGGGACGGCUUCUCCGUCUGCCAGGACGUGAAGAACUUCGCUCCCGAGCAGCUGUCGGUGAAGGUGGUGGGCAGGAAGGUGGUGCUGGUGGGGCAGAAGGAGACGCAGAACGUCGAUGAGAAGGGCUCGUUCUCCUACAAGUACGAGGUGCUGAAGCGGGAGUGGGACGUGCCCGAGGAGGUGGAUGCCGAAGCGCUGAGCUGCUCCCUGUCCAAGGACGGGCAGCUCCGCAUCGAGGCCCCCAAGCUGGCGCUGCCGGCCGCUCCCGAGAGGAACGUGCCCAUCCAGGUCAGCCCUGCUGCCCCACAGACCGGACCAGCUUCUGAGGACGGAGCCACCAACAAAGCCCAGGCGUAACUGGAUGGGACCCCAUGGCCACGGCAGGACCGGAGCAGACAGGAGCAAAUCUCGGGUUUAAGCCCAGACAAGCUCCAUCGGCAAUGAUGUCAUUUUUUUCACUAAACUGGAAUGUUUUUGUAUCCAAUAAAAAUACUUUUGCAUUGAA